AUGACACAUCACGAUGCAGCGCUGCCAAUCAUUCUGCUCCAUCCUCAGGCCUCUCCCGUAACCCGUCUCCAUCCCUUGGGAGAUCAACCGAUGUGUCCUUUGAUGGUACGGGUACAGAAUAUGGCAGGGGCCGCAAGGGAUGGGCGAGCCGAGAGAGAGUGUGACGGCGUCGCGGUCGCAGGAAUAAUCUACACAGACUUAGUGCUUCUUCGUGUUAUCAUUGGUGGAGAUGGGGGUUUCGAUUUCAGCCAAUCAGAGUGCCACACAGAGGACAAACAGCAGCUCUCUCGCACUGAUCGCUGGGAGCCACCGGCCGGCGAACUGGACUGUAGCGCCCGCCACGGCAGGAGGCAAACAGUGGGCUGCGUGUCACUCAUUCAUCUCAGUGGGAAUCAGCCUCGGCCAUCCCAUGCUGAGGAGAUGGAUGACAUGAACAGCAGGAUUGACUCUACUCUACAGAUGGAGGAGCAGGAGCAGGAGAGGGUGACUGUACUGUCUAUUCGCCCCGUGUGCGCCCCAGUAACAAGAGGCGCCAGGCCGUCCGGUAGGAGGAAUGGAUCCCAUGCAGCUAUUUUUGCGGUGGCGUGUGACGCACGCUGGGUCCAGGACUCCAGGGACCCCAGGGAAAAGGGCUUUGGCUAUUACGCAGCAGCCAACAUCAUUACGGGCCCAGCCUAA